CCAGGUACAAGUUAAUGCUGUUUCUUUGUUCAAUGUGCACACUGUACACUGUAAAUUCUAACAAGUUCAGUUUACUUAAAAAAAGUUUGGAAACCGAUUGCCUUAUUUUUGCAACGCAAACUUAAAGGGAAAACUGAAGUUAAGUUAAUAAUCUAUUAAAAGUAAAGAAAUCUAACUCUUCCCAAGUAAAUUAAGUAAUAAAUAUCAAGUUAGUUUAAUGUCAAUUCUAGUAAACAUACUCUAGAAUAUUUACUAAUCUUACUUAAGAUUUAAUAGUAAGAUUACACGAGAAAUUCCAUUUAACUAACAGUGUUAUAUUGUGUUCUGCAAACAUAAAUACUAUUAUUCUCAACAUGGCUUUAAUCUGCCAUUUUAUGCUACGUAGACUUAAAAAACUAUGUGCAAUCGGUUUCCACAUUUUCUUCAAGUAAAGUGAAAGAAGAAUAGUAUGUUGUACUGACAAAAGCUUUGUUAGUAUAGUUCACUUACAAGUGCCCAACCAAAGAGUAGUUUUACGCCCCUGUUGUUCCUCAUGCGUCCAGUAGGGGGAGGCUGUAUAUUAGUAUAUGAGCCUAGUCAUCAGAACAGCAGACCAUAUCUGUAUGAUAGCAGCAGACCUUUUUUGAAGCGAUACGAAUUGAGCUUGCGUGACAUGGCUUCUUCUGGGGAAGAAAUAAUAUCUGUACAGAGAGGUUGCAACUUACCUGCGCUUAACAGAUGCACCUCCUGCUGUUCCCUAUUUCACUGUCCUUUCUGUAAUUCUGAUUUUUUCAAGCCCUCAAAGAAAAGUAAAGUACAAACUCAUCUUAAGCUUCACUUUUCUAGGGCAGUCGUCCAUGAAGAUUAUACAAUCCACCGGUGUGGUCUAGGUUGUGUGUCACAAUUACACUACCAUUGUGUAUAUUGUUACUCAAUAAAAAUCCGACGUGACAACUUUGUGGCCCACUUGAAAGGCUGUAAGACUGCUAGUAAAUUAACCACCAUUCCUGAUGUGGCUCCCUUAACUGCCAGUACAUCGACGACCAUUCCUGAUGUGGCUCCCCUGCCUUCCAGUACAUCGACGACCAUUCCUGACCUGCCUCCCUUAACUGCUAGUAGGUCCUUCAUAAAAUCACAACCACGAAACUCCCCUGCCUUCCAGCAUAGUUGUUAA